GUUAAAGAGUCUUAUUAUUUUAGAUUUAUACUCAUGUAUUCAUAGCAGAGAUCCGAGACUCGCCGAGUUUCCUCGCCUCGCCACGAGGCGAGGCGAGGCGGCAUUUUCUACACCGCGGCGAGCACGAGUUGACUUUGUAACUCGCCGAGUCGACUCGCCUAUAUUUAGAAUGUUAUUUUUGAUGAAUAAAUAGCAAAUCGAUGUCGACAUCUUUCAAUUUUAUGGUAAAUUUUUUAGCGUAUCUAUUGGCUAUGAAAUUAAACUAAUGGGAGGAAUGAAUGACUAUUCAUUCAUCCGUACAUAUACUUAAUCUAUUCGGUCUAGUCCAGUCAUUUCAUUUUCGUAAUUCACAGUGUACUUUGUUUAUCAUAUGAUAGAUACUUGAACUUGAAUGUAUUACAAUGUAAAUAUAUUUCUAGAUACGUAUUAUGUGUUCCAAAAACUCUUGUUCUUCUCCUGAUGAUAUUAUCGACGUCACACAAGAGAAUUAUGCAGAUUCGAACAACGUUGGCUAUACAUUGUUGAAUACAUCUAAAAUAUCCUGUAAAAUGAUUUACAGUUUGUUGAUACAGAAGGAUCCACGUGUAAUCUUAACCGAAAAUACGAAGAAGCACACUUCAGACUGCUGGAGUCAGUUUAGAUAUCCUGCAAUCAUUGAUGAUAAAGGUGCUGUGGUGACAAAAUUAGACAAAUUUGUCUCAUGUAAAUAUUGCUUUAUCACAUUUUCUUAUAAUAACAAUAGCACUUCACAAAUGAACAAACAUAAUUGUCGAAAUUCACCAGUUAAAUGCUCAACAAAAUCUGAUACAACAUCUUCAUCGUCUUUCAAACAAAAAAAAUCUUAUCUUUCACCUGUAAUCGUCCAGGAUCAAUUAAACUGAACGAAGAAGAAAACAAAAAGGUAAAAAAUCUUCUUGUAGAAUGGGUCUGUAUGGAUAUAAGACCUUUCUCGAUUGUCAAUGAUGCAGGACUUCGAUGUCUCGUUCAAGAAUGUAUUUCUUUGGGUAUUCCACAACAUUUACACUAAUAUUCCUUGCUUUUUAAAUAUUUUUUGUUUCUUCAUAGGGGCCAAAUAUGGAAACAUUCAUGUUGAUGAUAUAUUAUUCAGUGCCGAUACUACUUCAUCACAAGUAGCAAAAUUAGCCAACGAAUAUCGUUCUAUUAUUCGACAAAAACUUAUUGAACCUUUAUCACAACAGGCUGUCACAAUAUGUCCUGAUCUUUGGAGUGAUUCUCAUAGACAAGUUUCAUAUUUGGGAAUUAGUGUUUGUUUUACAGAUGAAAAUCAUCAUUUUUUUGCGUAUGAUCUUUGUUGUCAUCCUUACACUGAAGUUGAUAAAAGUGCCGAAAAUAUUAUUAUUGCAAUUAAAAAAGCUCUUGAACCUUUUGGUAUUACUGAUCUAUCUCAAAUAAACUUUGUUAGUGAUAGAGGCCCAAAUUUUGUUAAAGCACUUAAACCGUAUUCACCAACAUAUUGUGUAGGCCACAGGCUCAAUAAUAUUAUCAAAACAUGUUUUUACCAAACGGGCAAAAUAAAAUAUAAAGCCGAUGAUUAUAUUACGAAUGAAACAAUUGAAUCAGUUUGCUCAUCAGAUUCUGAAGACGAUAAUGAUAAUUAUGACCGCUGUACUAUCUUAGCAUCUUCAUAUGGCUAUGAUUUAAUUGAUAUCGAUGCAAUAGAUAUUCCAUCAUCUGCAGCUAAUAUCCUGAAAACAAUAUCAUCUUGCAAAAAUUUGGAUCAAGGUGGUGUUGCUGUACUGCAAGCAACGGUUGUUAGAUGGUUAUCAAUGAGUCAACUUCUUGAAUCAAUUAAUCGUUCAUACCGACAAAUAAAAAAGAUUUUGGGAGAUAGAAAAAAAAUUAUUGUUCUCGAUAAACUUAUAAUUUUACAGCUUAUUAUUCUUUUACGACCAUUCAAACAUAUUAUUUUAUUUCUACAAAAGGGCAAAGAACCCACAUUACAUCUUGUUACAAUAGCGAUUCUAACACUACGUGAUGCUUUUAAUACACAUAAAUCUUUAUUGGAAUAUGGUCAAAGUUAUCAAGCAAAUCCAUCAGGAGAAGAACUUGAGGAAGAUGAUGAAUAUUUAGAAGAAAGCGAGGGAGUGCGUUUUUUUCGUAUACGUCUUUACCAAUUACUUAAUACCAUGUUCGUGUUAGAACCAAUUCAUCUAGCUGCUACAUUGUUACAUCCUCGAUACAAAUUAUUGAAGAAAUGUUCUUCAUAUGAAGUACGUGAGUGUUAUGCAUACAUUCGAACUCGAAUGGCUCAUAUCAAAGCUAAAGAAAAGAACAAAACUACAAGUUCUACUACACAAGGACAAACUAAAACUACUGAUGAUGCAAAUACAUUUGAACCUGCUAAAAAGAAGCCCAAACGUUUCGGAGAAGACUUUGAAACAGGCAAUGUAAGCGAUGAAUUUGAUGACGAGCACGACGAUGAAUUAAGUAAAUAUCUUAAGCAGCGUAUUGAUAUCAAUUCAAUCAAAGAUAAUCCUUUAACGUUUUGGUAUGAAAAUCGAUUCAUUUAUCCAAUAUUAUCACAGCUUGCCCGAUCCAUUUUUUCAAUUCCAGCCACGACAGCGAAUGUUGAGCGCCAAUUCAGUGCCGGUGGUUUGAUAGUUAAUUCUAGACGUACUCGUUUAAAUCCACAACAAAUAAACAAUUCAUUGUUUAUACGUUCAGUAAAAAAAAAUGAAUGA